AUGCAAUUCCACCUUAACGGUUUUAAGAGCUCCGGCGAUCCUUUACAGGCUCUUUACGAAAGCGACCAAGAACCAGACUUUCAAUCAUUACUUCCGGAGCAAGUCGACGUCCUCAUCGUCGGUGCUGGCCCAGCAGGGCAACUGCUUGGGACAGGCAGACGGUCUACAGUGCCGUACGAUCGAGAUCUUCGAAGCAUUCGGAUUCAGCGAAAGGGUGUAAUGGAUGCGCUGGUUGUGACGGACUUCCCCGACGUUAGGCUGAAGACUGCCAUAUACUCGGCAGACGAAGGCAGCAUUCUAAUCAUUCCACGCGAAGGCGGUUAUCUAGCACGAUUUUACAUCGAAUUGGAUAAGCUGAAGCAGGACGAGCGGAUAGCAAGUAAGAACGUCACAGCAGAGGUGCUGAUCGAUCGAGCACAGCGUGUUUUCAAGCCAUUCAAAUUUGAGGUACGGCAUAUUGCAUACUGGUCUGUCUAUGAGGUCGGCCAGCGCCUCACAGAUCAUUUCGACGACGUGCCCGAAGCAGAACGAGAACAGCGAAAUGCUCGCGUCUUCAUUGCUGGAGACGCUUGCCAUACUCAUUCUGCAAAAGCAGGCCAAGGCAUGAAUGUUUCAAUGAACGAUGCAUACAACCUAGGCUGGAAGCUCGCAGCAGUCCUACAUGGCUUGGCAGAUCCCAAGCUACUCUUCACCUACACAGACGAGCGACAAGGCAUCGCCAAGCUCCUCAUCGAGUUCGAUGGCAAGAUUAGCAAACUAUUUGCUGCUAAACCGAAGAAUAAGGCUGGGAAAGACGACAAAGAUGCCGUUGAUCCGGCUGUGUUCCAGGAAUAUUUCCAGCGACAAGGACGCUUCAUGGCCGGAGUCGAGACGAGGUACUCACCUGGUCUUUUGACCUCAGGCGACACGGGUCAACAAGACCUGGCCACUGGCUUUGAGAUCGGCACCCGCUUCCACUCAUGUCAAGUUCUUCGACUAGCGGAUGCAAAGCCAAUCCAGCUUGGUCAUGUAAUGGAUGCCGAUGGUCGAUGGCGAAUCGUGCUUUUCGGGGACAAGUCUGAGCCUAAUUCUUCAGCAUCGGCACUUGCCAAGACGUGUGACUUCUUGUACAAGAAGCUCUUGCCCAGAUACACACCAGCAGAAGCAGAUAUUGACAGUGUCAUCGACAUAGGAGGAAUUUUGCAGCAGAGUCGAACAUCGAUCUCGAUCUCGGACCUGCCGCAGAUUUUGCUGCCGCAUAAGGGUGUUCUCGGUAUCCAAGAUUACGAGAAAGUGUUUACUGAUGAAGAGAGUUAUAGCUUUGGAUUUAGCAAGAUCUACGAGAGUAGGGGUGUCAGCAAGGAGAAGGGCUGUCUGUUGGUCGUAAGGCCAGACCAGUAUAUCUCAGCGGUGCUGCCACUUGGUGAGGAAGCGCAUGCGCCGCUGGAGAACUUCUUCGGUGGCUCUAUGAAAGAUCAACGAAGCAGCAACGGAACCAAUGGUCAUACAUGA